AUAAGAGUUGUAGAAAUUAUUAGAAACUCGAGACAGCCAUGACAUUAUGUUCUUUACAAGUCAGGGUUUCCCGCAGUGUUUUGUUGUUAAGGCUGCCGCCUUAACAACAAAGAGCCACCGCCUAAACUAACGUCUUAACAAGAUCUCCAGCCACACGUGCGCAUUUCAAAAACGAUCUCUGUCCCCAAGCAAACGCAUACACUGAGUGUCAUACACAUGCCAACAUACUGGGGGCGCUGUAUGCUAGGACUUAAGACCAUUUUUAGCCAAUCAGAAACAUCCAAAACGUCAUUUCCGGAGGCGGCAUAUAGCAAAAAUGGCGGGUCACGGCAAGACAUAAUUAUGUAUGUGGACUGACAGAGAAGUAGAGCUACUUUUAAGCAUUGUUUUGGAGUUUAAAGUUAACAAAACUCAACAAAGUGUUGACUGGGAAACUUGCCAGUCCAAGUCUGGUGACAUUCUUACCCUAUUUUGGAACGGUACGGACUUGGAGGGACAUCUGAGGAAUUUCCUCAUCGGAAAGAGGACACCACAAAAAAAACUAUCGGCACUAAACUGAAAGAGAUUCGUGGAAAGUACAGACAAUCAGUUGACGCAGGUGGAAGAAUUGGUUAUGAUAGAGUUGUUUUGCUGUACUUCGAACUAUGCGAGCAGAUCUGGGGUGGUUCUCCAUCAACUACAUCCAUUUAAUUUGGAAUAGAAACAUCAGAUAUUGACACAAGCUCUCACAGGAGUUGGGAUUCUCCAUUCACCCUUGACAGCCUGGUCACAGACAAAGAUAUGCCGAAUGAUGUACAAGAGCAGCAAGAUUCCAAUGGGAGCAAUCCACAAUCUUCUGUGGUGAAAGAGAGAAGAGCUCUACUUCAGAAUGGACUUUGAUGACGAGGACGGAGAGGGACCAAGCAAAUUUUCAAGAGAAAACCACAGUGAGAUUGAACGACGCCGACGCAAUAAAAUGACACAGUACAUCACGGAGCUGUCAGACAUGGUCCCUACCUGCAGUGCACUGGCCCGUAAACCUGACAAGUUAACCAUUCUGCGCAUGGCAGUCUCUCACAUGAAAUCAAUGCGGGGCACUGGAAACACGUCUACUGAUGGAGCUUAUAAGCCCUCCUUUCUCACUGAACAGGAAUUGAAGCAUUUGAUCCUGGAGGCUGCGGAUGGUUUCCUGUUUGUUGUGGCUGCAGAGACGGGACGCGUAAUCUAUGUUUCUGACUCGGUGACACCCGUGCUGAACCAUCCCCAGGCUGAGUGGUUUGGUAGUACCCUCUAUGAACAGGUCCACCCAGAUGAUGUGGACAAGCUAAGGGAACAGCUCAGUACUUCUGAAAACUCCAUGACAGGGCGGAUUCUCGACCUAAAGACAGGAACCGUGAAAAAGGAGGGGCAGCAGUCCUCCAUGAGAAUGUGCAUGGGCUCCCGGCGCUCCUUCAUUUGUCGCAUGAGGUGCGGAAGUGCUCCUCUGGAUCACAUCUCACUAAACCGUCUGUCCAAUAUGAGGAAGAGAUACAGAAACGGCCUUGGACCGUCGAAGGAAGGAGAGGCUCAGUACUCUGUGGUUCAUUGCACUGGCUAUAUCAAAGCAUGGCCCCCUGCAGGUAUGACAGUUCCAGAUGAAGACACAGAAUCAGGGCAGACUGGGAAGUACUGCCUCGUGGCAAUUGGAAGACUGCAGGUGACAAGCUCUCCAGUCUCCAUGGACAUGAAUGGUCUCUCUGUACCCACUGAGUUCUUGUCGCGCCACAAUUCAGAUGGUGUUGUCACAUUUGUCGACCCACGAUGCAUAAACGUCAUUGGCUAUCAGCCUCAGGACCUGUUGGGGAAAGAUAUUCUGGAGUUUUGUCAUCCUGAGGACCAGAGUCACCUUAGAGAAAGUUUUCAACAGGUGGUGAAGUUAAAGGGUCAAGUUCUGUCCGUGAUGUACCGUUUCCGCAUGAAAAAUAGGGAGUGGAUGCUGAUCCGAACCAGCAGUUUUACCUUCCAGAACCCCUACUCUGAUGAGAUUGAAUAUAUUAUCUGCACCAACACAAAUGUCAAACAGCUUCAGCAGCAGCAGGCAGAAUUAGAGGUUCACCAGAGAGAUGGACUGACUGCCUACGAUCUUUCCCAGGUUCCCGUGCCCAAUGUGAGCAGUGGUGUGCUUGAGGCAGGGAAGAACAUUGAAAAGCCAGAAGCUCUUUUCUCUCAGGAGAGAGACCCACGCUUUGCUGAGAUGUACACCAACAUCUCUGGCUCGGGAGACAAGAAGAUGAUGGUUCCUUCCUCUACAGCAGGAGGACAGCAGCUCUACUCUCAGAGCUCUCCAUUCCAGCAGGGACACACUGGCAAGAGCUUUAGUUCCUCUGUGAUCCAUGUCCCAGGUGUAAACGACAUUCAACCAUCAAGUUCAUCCAAUCAGAACCUUGCUCAAAUCUCGAGACAACUUAACCCAGGACAAGUGUCUUGGUCAGGCAACCGACCCCCUUUCUCUGGUCAGUCCAGUAAGGCCCAGUCCAGUCCGUUUGGUAUCGGUACGGGCCAUAGCUACCAGACCGAUGCAGCCUCGUACAGUCCACUCUCAUCCCCAGCCACCUCCUCUCCAAGCGGCAACGCCUACUCAGGACUGACAAACCGCAGCACAGCUUUUGACGUGUCAGCAGAGAGCAGCCAGACUGGAGCUCAGUUUCAGGGUCGACCCAGUGAAGUCUGGUCACAGUGGCAGAACCAACACCACUCCCAACAGGCUGGGGAGCAGCACACACACCCUAAUCCCACCCAGACUGAAGUCUUCCAGGACAUGUUACCUAUGGCUGGAGAUCCCACCCAAGGAACUGCCAACUACAACAUUGAGGACUUUGCUGACCUCGGCAUGUUCCCACCCUUCUCUGAGUAAAAGUCACUCUUCGUCCUCACCGGAGGAAGCGAACUUAUGUUGGCAUCAAUCUAUUGUGUGGCGUUUUCAUUGGAUUGACGGCUUGAACCCAUAAAGCAUGCACACAAAUAUUCAGUGCACACUUUUGGAGCGUCUGCAGUACAUCAACAUACCUCAUCACUGAAUGACGAGUCAGAUGGAAGCUACCUCAGUCAACGUGCAACACUUUGUCCACUAAUCCAUGCACACUGGAUGUGUCUCAAAUGGAGAACUUGCAUCAGUUCACUUCAAUAAGUAUACUGUGUAGAGUACACUCUGUAUACUAAACUAAUCUCUAAUUUACUGUCAUUGUGCACUUCCCGGAAAUUAUGAUCACAAUAUUUACAGUCAUCUUCUUCUUUCCUUUUCAACCGUGAAUUGCAACCACUCAAGUUAGUUCCUCCCCUUCCGCUAUGUAGUCAAAAAGGCGACUAUUGAGGGUGGUAUGUGUCCUUCCCUGCACACUCACCAAUUUGAGUAUUUUGAGUACAACAUCCGGGUACUGACAGUGUACUGCAUUCUAUUAUACGUCUUUGUGUGAAGGCACUUAUGUACUGACAAGAUUAAAUGUAAGUACAAAGGUGUAACACACUUUUAUACUCAAAAGACUAAGUAUAAGUAAGCAAGUGUAACACUAUGUACUCAAAAGACUUAAAUGUACCGGUAAGUACACAGGUGUUGGUGUAACAUGGUUACCUACUGAAAAGACUAAGCGUAAGUAGUAAGUACACAAGUGUAAGACUGUUAUGUACACAAAAAACUAAGUGUACAUGUACAAAUGUAACACUCUUAUGUACUCAAAAGACUAAGCGUACGUACGCAAGUGUAGCACACUUAUGUACUCAAAAGACUGAGAUAAUCCACAAACGCUAAGUGUAACUCUGCAAGUGUAACAAAAGACUAAAUGUAAGUAUGCAAAUGCAACACACAUAUGUACUAAAAAGACUUAAGUGUAAAUUUGCAAAUGUAACACACUCAUAUAAUCAAUAUACUAAGGGCCUGAUCCAUGCAAACGUGCAAAUUUGAUAGUACCAAAAUAAGCUGAUAUACUAUGCUUGUGUGCAAAGGAUUGCAUCUGUUAAUUGAACAAAUAAAGGAGCGCAAUCCAUAUAGCGUGUUUGUUUUCAUGAAUAUGCAGAAUAUGUGCUGAUUAUCCCACAAUACUGGGAGGAGAAGAAUAUAAAAUAUAAUCAUCACCGCAAUGAGAUUUAUCAAAACUACAACUGUUCUGCGGACGCUAUAUUCAUAUUUAUUUAGCAAACUGGCAUCGUGGCACACAUGGCUGUGAGAAAAGAGGGAAUCGCGCUGCAAAUACAGCUGGACAGCCCGAGAAUCCUUUGUAUGAUGUGUAUUUGUCAACACAUUUGGACUGUCAGAAAAUAAAUAUUAGAAAUACCUUCUAUUCAGCAAUAUAAUUUUUAUAAUUUUAACCUAAGGAGCUGCUUAAAACUAAUCCAAUUGAUGCAUGUUGGUGUCUGCUGGCAUUUGUUUUAGUUCUGUUCAUUUUUUCACCAAGGAUAUCUAUACUAUUAUAUCAGUGAUGGUAAAUGUGAUUAUUUUUACUGACUGGUACCUGUGGGUCAGGUGACAAAGUGAAUCAAUUCACUUGUUUCACUCCUCACAAAACGCAUGCGCAAAAGCUUGCACAUGGUUAAUGCACGCUAAGGCUCGCCCCCACUCGAUUCACUCAGCACGGAGCGCAUGUGUAGAGCGUUGCACAGGAUUAGCGCCGUCAACUGUGUACCGUCACAGGGCGCAUGCGUAGGGACUCACACAUAUGUAACAAGUCAUCCCAUUUAAUGACAGCCGCAAAAGUUAAUGCUGCACAACUUUAGCGGUAACAGCAUUGAUUCAACAAUUGUGAAACCAAUUAAAUAUAAGUUCACUUAAACUUGAUAAACUGCAGCCUUUAUUCACAAAUGUCACACAGUAUAUCCACAGUCGCAACAAUUAACAACGUUAUAGUUUUUGCCAACCACUCUUGUCUCUCUCUCUGCCUGCAGGCUUUCUUACGCAACUACUAAUAAUAUUAUUGCAAUUUGAAUGAGACCAAAAUAUCGCCAUUGUGGAAUAAGUAAAAGUCUAUCAUAUGUGACGGCAGAAGUGGUGCAACAGCACCUGUUUCUGGUUAAAAAGUAGUAUAUGCAAAAGGAAAUUCUUACAACUGUUUAAGCUUUUUGAGCGCUAUUCCGGUAACCAAAGUGGACGCACCAUUAUUGAAUGUGCACUACGUGUUAUAGGACACUGCAAUAAGGACAUCUAUUUUCAAUUUGCUUAAAAAAAACUCAGUAAAAAAGAAAACAAACAAUAGUGCAACAUUACAAUAAUAUUUAACAGUGCAAAAUUAAAUUAAAUACCUAACCAUAACAUAGAGGACAACAGGCUAGCAUGGACACAAAUUCAGUUUUCAAUUAUUCCUUCCUGACUCGUUGGCGUUAAUGGCCCCGCCACCAAUGACCAGUGAUUGAGUGUCAGUGAGUCAUCCUUCAUGAUUGUUCAGUGACGAACAAUGAUUCAGUGGCACCCAUCGUUCACUUUGUAGUUCUUUCACUCAGUAUCUGUGAUUCAGUGAGUCGUUGUCAAGCACCCGAGCUGUAACACAGGGAGUGAUUCAGAGAGUUGAUCUGAGGCAAGAAACAUAUUUGUUGCUGUUUCUAUGGAGCUAAAGCAUUUAUAAAAGCACAGUUAGACUAACAGGGGCAUAUAUAUUUACAUAUUACAUGGUUUAUUCUCUCGAGUCACUGACCGAGUUAAUGGCGAAGACAACAUGUGAGUGCUGAUUCAGUAAAAAAAACUUGCAGGUUUUGAACGAUUUGUUCAUGACUCGCACAUCACUGUAUUAUAAUAUAUCCCAUAUAUGAAAAAACUAUAUGCAUUGUCUUGCGUUAGGAUCAUUUCAGACGCAUGAAUGCACUGCAGUGUUUCGAUGGUCCACCGCCUACCUAAAAAUAGUUUUGGUUGUUUAUGGAUUGCGAUUCUAUAUUGCAGAAAAUGUGUUACACAUUAUAGUUGUGUGCUGUUUGUUCAACAAUGUACACAGAUUGGAGUGCAUAAUAACAUAAAUGUAGAGGGAAAUGAAUGUAAUGCUGGUAGUACAUGCAAAAAUCUCAUUUAAAUAGGGCGGUCUGUGCUGCUUUUGCACUUGUUAUCAAUUGUUCACGCUGUCUUACAAUUACCCGCAACACGCCCACGAAUUGUACUCGCAAUUUUAUAGUUUGCAGACGUUGUUUAGAGCGUGUUAUUUGGAUCUUUGUACGUUUGUAGAUCAGGCCCAGUGUGUAAGUACCCAAGUGUAAAAUACUAAGUGUAACACCCUUACGUACUCAAAAGAUUUACGUUUAAGUACACAAAUGCACCAGUUGAGACACAUCCAUUGCCUUAGACUUGAGACUAGCUCAGUUUUAACAGAGGAUGUUAGUAAACUCAUCUUACAUCCACACUUUUAUCUCCUCAAAUGGAAAACACUAUUUUUACAUGGCCGUGUAAAACUAGUACACUAUGAAAACACUCAUUUCUAUUACCAAACAUUUGCCGUCUCUUCUCAGCACAAACAUGACAAUAGUUGUAAUGACCCUUUUUUUAAACAUUUAUUUUCCUAUGAAUGCUGUAUUUUUCCAUGACAUGCUAGAAUUGUUUUGUCUUAUUGCAGGAUUGUGGCCCACAACUCAUUUUUGAAUUAUUCCUCAGCAUAUAAAAUAUAAAUACUGCUUUACAAUACUAAACAUAUCAAACCAUUAAAAUGCAUCAUGUUGUUACAAAACAAAAUACAAUGAUGACUUUCUGGUAUAAUUGAUUUCAAAUUGAAAACAAUAUCCAAAUGAUUUAAACAAAUUAAAAAAAGGAAAAACAUUUAUGUUCGUUAACUAUAAAAUAUAUAUUAAUUCGGAAUUGUAUUAAAAUUGAAUAUUGAAAAACCUUGACUUUCAGCUCUGAAAAAAAUAUUAUUUGUAAGAUCAUCAGGAAUAACAGUUUCAAACUGAAAUCUACAAAUUUUUGGAAUAUUUUAAUUUGUAAAAAUAACGUAAAUAAUUAUAAUGGAAAUUGUUAAUUAUAACUGUAGUUUAAUAGAUAUGUUUCAUUUUAAAAGUUUAAAUGUUUAGUAUGUUUGUUUGUUUUUUGAAGGAAGGACACCUCUCAUCUGGGUAAUAUUAAGUAGAGAAUCAUAUUGUAAUGAUGAUGACUUUACUAAUAUUAAAAAUCAUCAUGUCAACUGACUUGAAUGAAAAAGCAUCUUUCUAAACCAGUUGUGUAAAUCGUGAAUAAGAUCAAUCUCCUCUGCUCGCUGCUUUUUAUCUGAUCUCUGUGCCAGUCUUGUCCUGAAAACCGUCAGCGCUAAUUUGAAAACAGAAAGAAAGCUGCAGGAUAAAGUGUAAUGGCAGCGUUGAACAAGUUCACCUCCAUCUGCCUCAUGCAGCACUAAGCUGCUCCUCAUCAUCACCUCAUCAACCUUACUGCAUAGACAAGGAUUGUGUAGAAAUUCAACAUAUAGAAGGAAAGGGUUAGCGUAAAGUGUACUUGAUGAUUGCUAACCAUCCUGCUUUUCAAAGGGAAAACUACGAUACUGGCUUAAGUCUUGUAUUUGCUCUUGUACAUCUACUUCAUUUACUACAUUUUCAUAACUGUAGGGUACCAGCUUUUACACACAAACACACACAUCAGUGUUUGCGCUUAAGAUCUCAGAUUUUUGUAAAUAAAUGUGAUUUUCAUGUGUUAUGAAUUGUGUUAUGUGUAAUAAUAUUGUGUGCAAUGUGAGUAAAUAACUGUUGGUAUUUAGUUAGUUGUUAAAUCUACUUUGACUGAAUUGUGUUCUUUUUGUGUAACAUGUGAAUGGUGACAAUAAAUUCUUAU